AAAAGCAUACAUUUAUUACUUCUCCAAAUCAAUUGGGCACUUCAACACCAACCAAAUGAAGUCCUACAUCACCGUCCUGGCCCUAGCCGCCACAGCCCUCUCCCAAACAACCACCCUCAAAGUCUUCGACGCCGGCGAAUCCGCCCUCCCCCUAACCGACGUCGCCGCCAGUGUCGUCGGAGUGAACGCCCUCGAAACAACUCUUGCCCUAAACUGCGCCCCCAACGCCACAGCAUCUGUCUGCCCCCUGGAAACCCCUUUCACCCUUACCUACGGCCCCUCCACCGCAACCCUCAACGCCGCCUACACCACCAAGAUCAGCGGCGUGCAAGCCAAGCUGUCCCUCGUUGAGGGCUGCGACAUCGUUUCGUCGACGCAGGGCGCAUCGUGCUCGCUAUCUAUGGUUAUAGGUGUGAGUCUGCGGGGUACUUCGACGUCCAGGAAAACGAGUACGACUACGUCGUAUAGGUCAGAGGACAUUACAUAUCGUGAUUUGGCGGUUACCGCGGGUGUGAGCAAGUUGACUGCUCCCGAGGCUACGCAGACGCCGGAGGGAGGUGCUGCUCCUGGGGCUGUUGGUAAUGGGAAGGGGAUUGGGGGGUUGGCAGCGGCGGCUGUUGCGGCAGCUGCUAUGUUUGUCUAAGCUUGGGCUUAUGCUAAUGUGUAACGGAUGCGUUCUGGCCAUGAGCCUGCAGUGAUGCUUUAUUUUGAUUUCUAGUACAAAUAAUCUGCUUUUAUACCCUUGUCAAAUAUGUACUAAUUCGGUUAAUGCAUACGAAAUAUCUUGUUCACUGAGCCUU